AGGCCUGUUUGGCCCCGUUACACCGGUAGAAUGGCCUCACCCUUUCGGGGAAAGCCUGCUUCGCCCCAGGUGAAGACCACUCGCUACAAGGAGACGUCGACUCACCGCGUGGAGACCUCGUCCCACCGCGUGGAGACUUUCUCCCGGCAGGUGUGCACGUCCUCCCGGCAGGUGGAGACCUCCCAGCGCCGCAGUGAAGGGCCUUCCCUGUCCGCCUCUGGGAAACGGUUCCCUCACGUCCUCGAGGUGUCCUCCCAGCACGUGGAAAUCUCCUCGCAGCGCACGGAAACGUCCUCCCGCCACGUCAAGGCCUCGUCCCGGCGGGUAGAGACAUCUGUGCAUCGCGUGGAGAGCCCGAGCCGACAGGACAAGCCGGCAGCCAGGCAGAAUGUAAAAAUGGCCAGAUGAAAUGCUUCCGAGGGGUCAUGAAAAGCCAUGGCCCUCAGCCAGGACGGAGUUGCCUCCAGUUUGCAGCCACCCAGCUGCCAGGUGAACCAAUCAUCUUUGAUUUCAUGGAAACAGCCCCAUAAAUCAAUGUAAGAAGCCGCCAAGCUACGGUAUCCGGACUCAGCCAACAUUUAUUGACCAUGCUGCACCUUGGACCAUCCUACCUCUGAUCCAGGCAGCUAUUUUAACUUGAAGCCAGCACAAAACGUUUUCAGGCCCAUGAUACUGUAUAAAUUGAGUUGGUGGACAGAGAGGCUGUUUGAACCUCAGCCAGGUGAGUUUGAGAUUCAUAGUCCCUGAACAACCAUUGCUUCAAACCUAGGCACAGGGAGCAAACUGAAAUGAUAACCAGUGGAGUGAGGAUAACGGCUGCUAAAAACUUGAGGUACAAGGAACAGACUUUCAUUAAUUAAUUAAUUGGCUUUUGUUUAUGUUUCGAAAUGAGCAUUUUCUUUAUACUAAGCUCUGUACAUGGUACCCCCAGCCACACACUUUUUAAAAUAGGUCACGUGUAGUUAAAAAUGAAAGUCAACAACAUCAACAAUCAAGAAUAAUCUUAUAGGGGAAACUUGACCUAAAAUUUGAGGAGCUGGAAUGGAGGAAUAUUUAUCGAGUACCUACUCUAUCCCAGAAGGUAUUCUAGCACUUGGGCGAUGGCAGUGAACAAGGGAGACAGAGCCCAGCUCUUGAGGAGCUUACACUCCGGUGAAGAGGCGGACAACAAAUGACAAAAUCACAGUUUUCUCUUCUGAUUAACCCUAUAAAGGAAAUAAAUGCGUAAUGGGAUAGAGAAUGGAGGUAAGGGGUUUCUUUCGGUAGGGUGAUCAGGGAUAGCCUUGCUGACGAAGUAUCAUUUGAGCUGAAAUUUGUGUGGGUCAAGAGUGGGCCAUGCAAAGAUCUAGGAAGAGCGCAUUCUAGGCAGAGGGAACAGCAAGUGCAAAGAGUGGAUGGGAGCAAGCUUGGACUGUUCAAGGAAAGAAAGAAGAUCAGUGUGGCUGGAGCUUAGUGAGGGACAGCAUGGUAUGGAAGAGAGGACGUGAGAGAAGUAGGCAGGGGCCAGUUCAGCGACAUGUUGUAAGCCACGGUAAGGAGCUUGGGUUGUAUUCUAAGGUCAAUGGAAAGACCUUGGAAGGUUUUCCGCUGGGGAGUGACAUGAUGCAAUUUAUAUUUUCAAAAUAUCCUGGCUUCUGGGUGUAGGAUGUAGGACCAUGGUUCUCCACUAUGGGUGGUUUUGCCCCCUGCCAAUUUUUGUUUGUCACAGUUUGGUGGCCGGGGUGGGAGGAAGGUUUGUGACUGGCCUCUGGUAGUUGGAGACUACGCAUGCUGCUAAACAGCUUAUAGUUCACAAGACAGCACACACCCCUCUCCCCGCCACACACACACCAAACAAUUACUUAGCCCAAAAUGUCAAUAGUUUGAGAUUGAGAAACCCUGAUGGAGGGGCCAAGGGAGGAAACGAGAGCUAGUUAGGAAUCGAACGCCAUGGUCUCGUAAGAAGUGGCGGUGGCUCGUAUCGGAGUUGUGGAAGUGGAGCUAGAGAAAAGAAGGCAGAUUAGGGAUGGGUUUAGAGGCAGAGCUGACGUGACCGAGGAAUAUGGAGGUGAGGGAAAGAGGAAUAGAAGAAUCAAGGAUGACUUCUGAGUUUUGGCUUGAGCAGUGUGGUGUAUGGCGGUGGUGUGGCCAUUUAUAAGAAAUACUAGGAGGAGACCAGGUUUCGGAAGGAAAAUCAGUUCUGUUUUGGCCAUGCUGAGUUUGAGAUGCCUGUGCAACACCCAAAUAGAGACGCUGAGUGGUAGUUCAAUGCAAGACGCUGACCACUGUGUGAGAGGUGAGGACUGGAAAUGAAAAUGUGGGGCCGUCAAUACAUAGAUGAUCUUGAAAGCCAUGGGACUGAGGGACUACCAUCUGCCAAUCUGUCUCGCUCAUUCUGUGCUGCAUGAAUGGAUUUGAGAUCUUGUCCUUCGGGGAGACCAGCUGGCUGAACACUUCUUCCCUCCGUCUCAUCCCCACAGGGCCUGGCUUGACCUACCUAAUGUUUCUCUGCCUGUAGUCAUCUGGUAGCCACCAAUACGUGAGAAGGUUUGCACUAAAAUGUUAGAUGUUUCAGAGAACUUGACGUUCACAGUAAACAUUACACUGUUCCUGGGAAGAAGGUCUCAAAACAAAGGUUCGAAAGUUCAAGUUUUGGGGUGUAUUUUUUGUGGGAGACGGGGGUGCAUGGAUAUUAAUGUGUAUCCUAGCCCCAGGUUCUUAUGGGAUGGCUGAAGAAUGACUGAACUGAUCUAUUACAGUGGUUCUCAACUGGGGGCAGUUUUGCCUUGCAGCGGACACUUGGCAAUGUCUGAAGAUAUUUUUGUCACAACUGUAGGUGUUGGAUGCUACUGGCAUCUAGUGGGUAGAGGCCAGAGACGCCGCUAAACAUCCUACAAUGCAUACGUUAUUCCCUACCCAGCCCCUGACAACAAAGAAGCACUGGGUCCAAAAUGUCAGUAGUACCAAGACUGAAAACCUUGAAGCUUCUAGCAGCUUAGAAAGCUGAAGCAUGGUCCAUUGCGGGGAACACCCCACUAGUAAUAGCAGGAUUAUGCUAUGGGAGAGGUUUAGAGGUAGCAACCUCUGUCAAAUGUCAGGGCAGGAGCUCUCAGAGGAGAGGAAUAUAUUGCUUUUUGAGGAGACCUUACGUCUCUGUUUUCAAUAAUCUGUGUGAUGUUUACCCCAGGAGGAAACCAGUCCCAUCUAGCAGCAUGUAAAUGACCUUGAUUCUGUGGGACCUCAUUGUGAGGUAGAGUGUUUGCUGUUUCCAGGCGCUGUGCUAAGUCCAUACCCACAUUUCUUCAUUUAAUUACAGGAGAGAGUGCACUAGGGGCUCAGGCCAGCGGAAUGAACGUUACAGAACCGCAGAGGCUACCUUCAUGCUUCCACCUCAUAAAACUUCCGCUAGAAACUAAUAAUUAGACUUCGGAAUUUGGGUCUUUGUUGAUCUUCAUGGUACAGAUGGAAAAACUGAAGUCCAUAGAAGCCAAAAGUAACUUACCAAGAGCAAAGGUUCUUGCAACCACUAUUUACUGCCUCCCAGGAUGGUUUCUUUUAAUAGUCCAAGAAAGGCCCACGUUGCACUCUGGCAAUAAGGGGCACUAGAGGGCGCCAUCUGGGCUGGAGGGGCGCCACCUUCCUGUCUGCUUUCUGUGAUUCCUGCCUCGGGAGCGGCUGUCCCUCCAGCAGCACUUCACCUGGCGGCAGCUGAAUCCACCUGCAAUUUUCUGAUAUUUGAAGAACCAGCUCUCCUGUAGCCCACUUCAGAACACUAGUGCCGGCUGGCUGACGACACCCCUUCUCUGAGAUAAGAGUUUCAGGUCUCUGGGGUUCCUCCUCUAAGUUUCUCAGUUUUAAUAACUCCAUUCUCUUCCUUUUCCUGUCUACCAGUGCGUCAGGGCGUCCUACUAUAUGCUUAUUACCUUCGUUUUCUGAGAUUGCCUGUUCAUAUCCUUUGCUCAUUUUUCUUUUUUCUUGUCUUUUUCUUCUUGAUGUUUAUGAGUCCUUUCAAUAUUCUGAAUACAAAUUCUCGUUUGCAUUGCAAACAUAGUCUCAAAGUUUGUGCCUCGCUCCCUUUUUAAAGUUUUCAUUAAUUUUUUUAAGUUUCAAAAGAUAGUUCCAGGAGUGCUAGUCUGAAGGUUUUGAAGCUUCCAGUCAAAACCAUUAAAGACUGAUGAAAUCAAUUUAGUGGGUCACAGUCAGCAUUUUUAAAAAACAGAAUAGAACAGAAAAUAUCAGUGCAUCACACCCUUAAGGAAUGAAUGGAGGAAAGGAAGGGAAAAGUUUCAGGCCAUUUAGUUAUAACCCACUGUCAACACUGUUUUUAUUACAAUCUCAUAGCAAGGGCAUAGACUUCUACCCGGACAAUUCAACAAGUAUCUGUUAGUACGGGUAUUGAAUAGGAAAAGACAAUGGUUAGAUAACCAUUGUUAGACUGGAUACAAGGUUAAGGAUUAUUAGAUUUAUUGAAAGACAGCUGAAGGCUGUUGGGUGCCCCCCAAAGUUGACAUUAGCUGAGUACAUAAGACAGCUGGGUUCACAGAGGUCUUAUUCCCAUGAAAAUUCAUCAGAAAAUUGCUUAAGCAUUUUAUCAGAAAUAUAGUUGAUUCUCAAGAAGAGAUUUGUAGAUUAUAUUCUCCAAAUGUCCCUGAUCCAUCCCAAGUAUGGGACAGUAUUUUCUUUUACAGUAUAAAGGUAUGUUUCAUGAACACUGUGUUUCAGAACAUGUGUAUUCCAGCUUGACGUACGCUUUGUUUAUUUUAUUUUUUUUUACUGUGCACCACUGUCAAAAGGGUUUGGAAAAUGCUGUGCUGUUCUUUAGAGCUGAGGUCUGAUCAAGGCCUUGGGAAUUUCAGGGGUCAUGAAGCCUGCCCUUCUCUGCAGGAAACCUCUAUAUUUUUACAGACACCUAGGGGGGAUUCUCCUAGAUGCCUUCACAAACUUACCUUCUUAUCUGUUUGAUUCAGAGGGCUGAUCAGAGCAUUGUCCAUCGGAGGGCUCAUAUUGCCUGAUAGUGACAUUUCAUUUGUAAAAGUGCCCUAGUGUUAAAAUAAAAUCUUUGAAAAUCAUCAAUCUAGUCUAAUCCCUUUGUUUUACUUAAUGCAGAAACUGAAGCCCAGAGUGAGAACAGCUUGUCAAUCACACAGUCCCUGAGUGGCACUGCCCCCACCGCUCUAUCAGGAUAGCAAAGAUUUCAGCCCCAGAAACAUGCAUUUAGUUGGCAGUGGCCUAAACACAUUCCCGCAAGGAAAGAGGGUUUACGUAGUGAAAUUGCUCUU